AUGGCGAUAGACACCAACGACGACUCCAGCGCCGCAGCCGCCGAGAUGGAGGACUCCCUGCGGUCGCUGGUGCAGUACUACCUCGAGAACCUGAUGCACGCCAACGCCACGUUCCUGGGCGAACGCCUUGUGGCUUGCAACCCCAGGGAGGAGAACGUGCUGCUCCUGGCCACCUGCCACGUUAUGAACAAGUCAAAGCUGACGGCGCACGCGUUGCUGCAGGGCUGCCGCCUUCCCGAGAGCAGGUUCCUGCUGGCGUACUGCUGCAUUGACCUGGGCAAGCUCGCCGAGGCCGAGCGCGUUUUGCUGGAGGGGACCGGCGUGUUGCACAAGGGCCCCAAGGAAGGCCGCGACGAGAUCCUGGCCGAGCCUUGUCCCAUCCCUCACGGUGCCGCCGGCCUCAGGCUUCUGGGGGAACCGGGUGUUUGCAAAAAAGCCCCCAAGAAAGGCGGGGAGGAGAUCCGGCGAGAGCCUUUUCCCUUCCCUCAGGGGGCCCCGGGCUUCGGGUUUUGGGGCCUCGCGUGUCAGGGCGCCGGGCGCCGAGAGAGCGCGGAGCACUACUUCCGCCUGAGCCUGGAGCUAGACCCACUCCUGUGGGUCAACAUCCAGUCUCUCUGCGAGCUCGGGGUGGAACUGGACGUCGACAAGCACUUCGAAGAGGCGUUUUUCAAGGGGGGGGCUGCUGCCACCGCUGCUACUGCUGGGAAAGGACCUGCGGCUGCGGCGGCGAAGGGGGGAAGCCAUCGACAGACGGGGGGCCCCGCGGCUGCGGCGGCGGUAGGGGGGGGCGGGGGGGAGGGAGGGCGGCAGCGACUGCCCCCGUGGGCGCCGUACCUGGCGCUCUGCGGCGGCAACCGGGGGGGGGCGAGCUGCCCCCAGGGCGAAAAAACUGGCCGUCGCUCUGAAAAGCUUUACGGGAUGGCUCCGCCGCCGCCGCCUCCGCCACCAGCUUCUCGUGCCGCCGGUGCCGCUGGCGCAGGAACGAGCAGGGUGGAAAACUCGCGGCGGUCGGUGGGCGGGGGGGCGCGCGGAAAGGACAUGUCCGUGGUUGGCGGGGGGGCGCUGUUCGGCACCCCGACUCCGAGCCAGGCAAGAGAGCACCAUUCGCCGGGCGGCCAGAACGGCGGGGGGGAGGAGGGUCGGGGGUAG